AUUGCACAGAUGUAACCCGUAAAUUACCUUGAGAUCCAAGCUUAAAAACCUAAUUUACCUUUUUAGUAUCUUGUUUCUUCUUCUCUCAAAGAAAAACAAAAGUCUCUAAAUCUCACGCGUCGAAACCAUGAACUACGGCGAGUACGACACAGCCGUCUUCUGGCUCGCCGAGGAAAUCCCAACCUCUAGUGGUCCCAAUCAUUCGAUUUCUCGUAAUAUCAAGUUAGCUCUUGAGAAAUUGGGUAUUCUUAAUUUGGGGGUGAUCAGGGUUUAUGCUCCUGAGAAGCCGAGCUCCACAGAAGCUGAAUGGUGCGAUCCUCGUAUCUACUACUAUUUCGAAGGUAAUAAAAACACUCGGGUUGAUACAAUGUUCUUUUGCCUUAUGACCUUUGCAUCUUGUUCUCGUGGAAACCAAGCUGCAAAUUUGAUGGUGAUCUCUAAAACUCCCCUUAAAGACGAGUGUCUCAGGGUUCUUCGCGCUUUGGAAACUAGAGGUUUCAAGGUUUUCUUGGUACAGUCUGAUGAUGAGGCAGAGCUUUAUCGUUCUGCAGACUCAAUAUUUGAUUGUACAAGAACAUUAGAUGGUUCAAUUCCUGUGGUUUCUAUUCCUAUGGACUUUGACAGUGUUUCUUGUACUAGCAGCACUAGCUGGGAAACUGAUACUGAUCCUGACAACUCUUCUGAUCCUGGGAACCUAGAUUUAAGCAGUCUUACGUUUGAAUGAUAUGUUUUUGUAAACAUUUUGAGGUUUCAUCUUUGUUCUGGUAAAGUCUGCUUUGGGUUCAAUUUAGCUCCAUGUACAAUUUGUUCCAUAGAGCGUAUUUGGGCACUUAUUGACUUGGCCCAUAGAGCGUACAAGGGAAUCUUAUUCUCAUUGAUUUGCCUCCAAACGUUUUCAUCGUAACCGGGAAGAGAGGACGAGAUUCUCCACUAAUUUCAAAAGGCCAAUGUUUUUCUCUACCUUUUUCUUUUCUAGGGUCAAGAAUACAAUUCUAUGGUUUCGUUUUUGUUAAUUUAAUUAUAAAAAAAUCUCAUUAUUUCUCUAUAUAAACAAACUCAUUCUAGAUCAUUCAUCAUCUCUCACAAAUAUUCUCACACUAUCGAAACAAGAGUCAAAGAUGAACAUCAAACAAGAUUUCUCGUAAGUUUUCUCUCCAUGUUUUUCAAGAGAAUUGUUGUCAAGUGUAAAAUCCUUGUUUUCGCGGUUUAGCUAAACAGUAAACGUAAACCGAUGUUUUAAUUUUGGGGUUUCGAAAUCAAGAGGUCGACCAAACCGAUGAUAUGUCAUCUUAAAGCUAAGAGACUAUUAAUAGUGUCUUAAAAACACUAAAUCCUCGUUUGUAUAUCCAUUGGCUCGCAUACGGCAAAAUCAUACACAAUAACCUGCGUGCUUCUAUUGAGACUCUGAAUAAUCAUGUUCUUUGUCAGAUGUGCCCACUAAAACAAUUAAGUGUGAUGGUGUUGAUUUGGUCGACCUUCUGAUUUUCGAAGUCCCAAAAUCUAAACUCAUGUUUAUGUUUAAUGUUUAGUAGCCACGAGGACAAGGGUUCUACACUACACUUAGUUGGAUGGUCUUUAAAUAUCAUUGAAAAGUGCCAGUUGUCGUGGAGAAAUAUUGUUUUCUUUUUGUUUUACGGUAAGAUAUUAGACUUAGGAGGUGUUAUUGGUUUGUGAUUUAAAUAGAGUUUUAGUGACUUUAAAUGUUAUGUAGAAUCUGUUGUUAUUCAAUCAAGAUUUUUUAAAAGUUUGUUAAA